GACUGAGCAUUGUGGAGGGGUUUGAUUAGUUUGUUUGCUUGGAGGCCAUCGCUAUAUAGUAGGUUGAAGGCCAUUGCCAUUAGUUCUAUGUUCAAAACGGUGGAUCAUACUCCGGUGGUUGUUUCAUACUCCGGGCAGGUGUCAAACCGAUGCAUGGCUCCGAAGCGUCCGAAGGCUCAGCUUGUCUCACCCGCCCAGCUCUGAGACGCGGCCAGCUGGCCAAGCUGCCUCCCAAGCACGUGCCUCCGAAAACCAUGGGCUGCGGCUCUUCGGUAACAACUCCAGGCGAUGCACCAUCCCCCGAGGCUUCCGCUGCAGCCGUGGUUCCGGCGCCGCGGCGCCAAGCGCCGUCCCGAGCGAAGUUUCCGCGCGGCCUGUUUUCCAUGCAGGUUUCGAAGUCGAGUGGAAAGGUGGAGGAGCAGAUCCGGGAGGUGCAUCGGAUUUUGCACUCACAAGGUUAUGAUGUGCUCAUCGUGGAUGGAGAGGGGCAGAGGGAACAUCAUUUGAAGAAGAUCAAGGAGGGAGGUGUGUUGCUGGCAGUGUGCACGAGCGACUAUGCUGAGAGCGAUGGUACUGGUGCUCCAAACAACAGCUAUUUUGACCUGAAUUUUGCGCACGAAGAGGAGAUUCCCGUUUGGCCUCUGAGGAUGGAAAACAUUUAUCCACCCAUACCUGCUUGGGGCACCCGAAAUUCCAAAGACCCCUCCGGCGAUGGUCCGGCCCUGAUCGCUUUGGCGAUUGGCCCCCACAGCUCUUCCUUGAAGUAUUUGGAUUGUCGCGAGAAGACGGCAGAAGACAUCGCCAAGUCCAUUGCAAAAGGCCUCAUGAAACCGGGUGAAGCCGACGGCGAAGCCGACGGCGAAGCCGACGGCGAAGCCGGUCGUAGCUCAGCCGAGUGAGGGCGAUUCUGUGAGCUUUGGCGCCCGUUGUGUACCCCCUUUCAAGUGUUAGAACUGCUUGUAAAAGGAUGGCAUUCCACGCUUGUAA